AUGUCUUACUACUACAAUGCUCACCAGCAACAUACCACGACGGCAACGGCGCCCGCUGUCAGCCACUCCCACCACGGUGGCCGGAGUCGGCGGGCGCCUCGCCUAUCCGUGUCCCAGAACACACACAAGCAGCAACAGCAUCAUCAGUACCGCCAGAUUCGCUCAAUCAAGGAGAUGACCGACAGCUUGAACCUGACCGCCUUCCGCGUCAAGUUUGAGGCUGGUCGCUCGUUCGACUUGGAAGACGAUAUGGAGUUCUGCCCGUCCUUGCUGACCGAGAGCGACUUGGUUUCUAUCCACAGUGCCUCCUCUGAGCGGUCUUCGCUGGCAAGUAACUCUCCGGAGCACUCGCCAUCGCAACCUGUCCAGGCGGCACCUGCAUUCUCCCUCAACGCAUCAUCUCCUUCCUUCACUCUCCCCGCGCUGCAGCAGACACAGCAGCACACCAUGAAACUUCACCAACCCGCCGCCACCCGGGCCCGCAACCCCAUUCCCAUUGUCAACCCUGGCUCCCGCCCCGGCUCCCACAUGAGCAUGGCUACGCCCGUUCAGCCGUCGGUGUCCCCCAGUAUGCGUCUCCCGCAGCAGACGAUUGGCACUGUCUGGUAA